GGGAAGCGGUCCCGGAACAGCGACGCCAGGAGCCCUUCAUCCUCCACCUCGCCGAGAGCCGCUGCCGUGGCCCUGGCCGUGGCCGAGACCGUGGCUGACGAUGAGGCCGUCGCCGCGGUAGCCAUCUUCCCCGCAAUAACGUCACUUCCCCUCCGGACCACCGGGGGCGCUGACUCCGAAUUUAGGACAGGAAGAAACAGGACCAUUUCCGGUCUCUAUCUUUUCAUCCAGUCGGCUUGCUUUCCCCGGCAGUCGUCCAGACUAUUGGGCGCUAGCGAGAGGAACUAUUGGUACGGGGCUAGAGAGGAAGGCUUUGGGGUUGCCGGGGAGCAGCGAGCGGCCGACUUCCGUUUCCGCUUACGGAGGCACGAGGAUCCGGUGUUCCAACCCACGGAGAAAAUGCGGCCUUUGACUGAAGAAGAGACCCGUGUCAUGUUUGAGAAGAUCGCGAAAUAUAUCGGGGAGAAUCUUCAGCUGCUGGUGGACCGGCCCGAUGGCACCUACUGUUUCCGUCUGCACAACGACCGGGUGUACUAUGUGAGUGAGAAGAUUAUGAAGCUGGCCGCUAAUAUCUCCGGGGACAAGCUGGUGUCGCUGGGGACCUGCUUUGGAAAAUUCACUAAAACCCACAAGUUUCGGUUGCACGUCACAGCCCUGGAUUACCUUGCACCUUAUGCCAAGUAUAAAGUGUGGGUAAAGCCUGGUGCAGAGCAGUCGUUCCUGUAUGGGAACCAUGUGUUGAAAUCUGGUCUGGGUCGAAUCACUGAAAAUACUUCUCAGUACCAGGGCGUGGUGGUGUACUCCAUGGCAGACAUCCCUUUGGGUUUUGGAGUGGCAGCAAAAUCUACACAAGACUGCAGAAAAGUAGACCCCAUGGCGAUUGUAGUAUUUCAUCAGGCAGACGUUGGGGAAUAUGUGCGGCAUGAAGAGACGUUGACUUAAAACGAAGUCAUUGCAAGGACAGGCAGCUGUAUGGAAUGGUCGAGCUUUGUUUCCUGUGUUUGUGUGGACUCCACCGUCAUGUUGAAUUUUGUCAACAUUCUGAUCUUAUUUACUGUACUUUCUAUCAUUGACAAGUGCAGGCUGGAUUCUUAUUAUAUACAGAGAUAGCUCAAAAAUGGGGUUUCAGAUCUUUGUGAUGAAAUAGAAUACUCUGUUUCAUAUUUGAAUCAGAGGGCUUCUUGUUCUGAGAAAUAGGUUCAAAAUCAUUGGAACUAGGAACAAGAAUAGCUUAUUGUUAUCUGUGAUAACACUUUGUUUUCUAAACUCAUGAUAAGAACACGGGAUUGUCUUUUUUAUUAAUAUGCAAGAUAGAUAUUUCCAUAACAGAAUAAUAAACCACAUGUGGGAUUUUAAAAAUGAAAUUUGUCUAAAAUAAUAAGAGCAAUUCAGCUAUUUUUCUAUAUGGUAAUUGGUGUGUGGUAUGGAAGAAAAACGUAUUCAAACCCCACUACUGCCACCUACCAGCUAUAUGGCCUUGAAUGAGUCAUUCAGCUUUAAUAAGGUUCGUUUUCUUCUGUUUAAAAAGAUACAAAACUUAAAAAAUAGCUUUGGCCAUCUACCUGAGAAUUAGAAAUUCUGAUUUUUGGAAUUAGAAAUCAUGAUUGUAGGCUGGGCACAGUGGCUCACGCCUGUAAUCCCAGCACUUUGGGAGGCCAAGGCGGAUGGAUCACUUGAGGUCAGGAGUUUGAGACCAGCCUGGCCAACCUGGUGAAACCCCAUCUCUACUAAAUAUAAAAAAAUUAGCCAGGUGUGGUGGCACAUGGCUGUGGUCCUAGCUACUUGGGAGGCUGAGGCAGGAGAAUGGCUUGAACCGGGGAAGCAGAGGUUGCAGUGAGCCGAGAUGGUGCCAUUGCAUUCCAGCCUGGGUGACGGAGUGAGACUCCGUCUGAUUGUAAAGCAUCUAGUACGGUGUACAGUGCCUGGGAAAUGAUAGGUUUGGAAUAAAUGGUAAGAAUUAUUUUUAUAUUA